UCUUAUUUUCCCCUUUCGCGAGCCCCGACCAAUUUUCAUAAAAAUUUGGUGAUUUGACUCAGACAUCAGGCAUCAAAUGCCAAGGUUUGUCCCGUCGGCCGCCGACGAACAGCUCUCUUCCCCGGUCAGCUGUGUCUACCUGGUUUGACCAGCAUCUUUCCUGUGGAUCCGAUCGGUGCCGCUUUACCUCUUCGCUUCAACUCCCAAUUGAGGCAUGCAAUUUCCGUCUCGCCAUUAGUUGCUAUGCUCGUUUGAUUUAAACCGCCACUGAUCUAGAUCUACCCUUCCGGAUUUCAUGCUCUAGAUUAUUUGAUAUACAAAUUUGCGGUUUUAUGGUACUUUAUUUCACACGGUAUAUUAUUGACUCUCUCUGUAUCUGAGGAGGACCUGUUGGGUAGCUAAGCCAAUAUGGGGUGCCUGAAUCAGCAGAGUGAAGUCAAUGGUAUCUGCAUGGAACCGCCAUGUGACAGGCAGAAGCCUUCCAAGCGUGCCUUGGCAUGUAUUGUGAAUUCAGAAAUUGGUGCGGUUUUAGCUGUGAUGAGAAGAAAUGUACGCUGGGGAGUUCAUUAUGCUGCUGAUGAUGAUCAGUUAGAACAUUCACUGCUGCAAUCCUUCAAGGACCUGAGGAAAAAAGUAUUCUCAUGGCAACAUCAAUGGAACAAUAUUGAUCCACUGGCUUAUCUCCAGCCUUUUCUUGAUGUAACGCAGUCUGAUGAAACUUCUGCACCAAUCACUGGUGUUGCUUUGUCUUCCAUAUACAAAUUCUUGACCCUAGAAAUACUUGAUUCAUCUACAAUAAAUGUAGAUAAAGCUUUGUGUCAGAUAGUUGAUGCUGUGACAAGCUGUCGUUUUGAAGUGACUGAUCCUGCAUCUGAAGAAGUGGUGCUAAUGAAGAUUCUUCAGGUUCUUUUGGCUUGCAUGAAAAACAAGGCAUCUGUUUAUUUGAGUAACCAUCAUGUAUGCAACAUAGUAACUACGUGCUUCCGAUUGGUCCAUCAAGCAAGUGUCAAAAGUGAACUCUUACAGAGGAUAGCCCGCCAUACAAUGCAUGAAUUAGUUAGGUGUAUAUUUUAUCAUCUGCCUGAUAUUGACACCAAAGAAGGUGCUCUGGCUCAGGGAAGGAGAUCAUGUGCUAUCCCCGAGGGUAGUGUGCCUAUGGUGGGUCAAACUUCUGGAGACAAUGGACAUUUUAAUGCAGAAUCUGAUGGCAAGAUGCCAUCUGGUCUCUUUCCUACAAAUAUGUCCCCAGUCACAUCAGGAAAUAAGGAGGAUGAAGCAACAAAUGAGGUUGGCCAUAGGAAAGAGAAUUCUAAUAGUGGAGAGCGAUCCAUGAUGGAACCUUAUGGAAUCCCUUGCAUGGUGGAGAUACUUCAUUUCCUGUGCUCCCUUCUGAAUGUGUUGGAUCACAUGGAAAUUGGUCCCAGAUUGAAUGCUAUAGCAUAUGAUGAAGAUGUUCCCCUUUUUGCACUGGGUUUAAUUAAUUCAGCAAUAGAAUUAGGUGGUGAUUCUUUUGGAAGUCAUCCAGAAUUAUUGUCCCUGAUACAGGAGGAGCUAUUCCAUAACUUGAUGCGCUUUGGCUUGUCGAUGAGUCCACUAAUCCUUUCAACAGUUUGUAGCAUCGUUCUUAAUUUAUAUCAUCAUCUACGUACUAAGUUGAAACUACAACUUGAAGCUUUUUUCUCUGGUGUGCUUUUGAGGAUAGCACAUAGUAAGCAUGACACUUCAUACCAACUGCAGGAGGUUGCUAUGGAAACUCUUGUUGAUUUCUGCCGGCAGCAUAUGUUCAUGACAGAGAUGUAUGCCAAUUUUGACUGUGAUAUAUCCUGCAGCAAUAUUUUUGAAGACUUUGCUAACCUCUUAUCAAAGAGCUCUUUUCCAGUGAAUGACCCCUUAUCAGCAAUGAAUACUCUUGCACUGGAUGGCCUAAUUUCUGUGAUCCAGGGCAUGAGUGAAAGAAUUGGUAAUGGUUUACCAGUUCCUGAACCUACUUCAUUAGACCUUGAAGAAUAUAAGCCAUUCUGGACAAAGGUAUGUGAUGACUACAGUGAUCCUGUUCAUUGGGUUCCAUUUGUGCAUAGGAUGAAGCACAUUAAGAGGAAAUUGAUGACUGGUGUUGAUCACUUCAACCGAGAUCCAAAGAAGGGUCUGGAGUUUCUUCAAGGAGUGCAUUUGUUACCUGAUAAAAUUGACCCCAUGAGUGUGGCCUGCUUUUUCAGAUACACAACUGGAUUAGAUAAAAAUGUUGUUGGAGAUUUCUUAGGGAGCCAUGAUGAAUUUUGCAUUGAAGUGCUUCAUGAAUUUGCUAGGACAUUUGAUUUUCAGGACAUUACUUUGGAUACAGCACUUCGGAUCUUUCUGGAAAGUUUUCGAUUGCCUGGAGAGUCACAAAAAAUACAGAGGGUGCUUGAAGCAUUCUCUGAGAGAUAUUAUGAACAAUCGCCAAAUAUUCUGGCAAAUAAAGAUGCUGCUCUCCUGCUGUCGUAUUCACUUAUACUGCUUAACACAGAUCAACACAAUACUCAGGUUAAGAAGAAGAUGACAGAAGAAGAUUUCAUUCGUAACAAUCGGAGAAUAAAUGGAGGGAAUGACCUUCCACGAGAGUUUCUCUCUGAGCUUUACCACUCCAUAUGUAAGAAUGAGAUCCGGAUGACCCCUGAUGCAGAUGCUGGAGUCUCUGUUAUGAUGGCAAGCUAUUGGAUUGGUCUAGUACACAGAUCAAAGCAUACUAACCCAUUCAUAGUAUGUGAACCAGGACCUUAUCUUGAUAGUCAAAUGUUUGCAAUACUGUCUAGGCACACAAUUGCUGCCAUCUGUGUGGUUUUUGAUCAUGCAGAGCAGGAGGAUGUUUUUCAGACAUGUAUUGAUGGAUUCUUGGCCACUGCUAAGAUCACAGCUGCCUAUAAUUUCGAUGAAGUUUUGGAUGAUUUGGUUGUAUCACUUUGCAAAUUCACAUCCUUGUUGCUUCCAUCCUACUUUGAAGAGUUUAUUCUUAAAUUCGGAGAUGACAUUAAAGCUAGAAUGGCCACUACUGCAGUUUUCACAAUAGCAAACAAUUACGGUGACCAUAUUCACACUAGUUGGAAAAACAUACUGGAUUGCAUUUUAAGUUUGCAGAGAUUAGGCCUUCUUCCUUCUUGCCUUGUUAGUGAUGCAACUGAUGAUCCGGAAUCUUCAUCUGAUCUAGAUCAACGGAAAUCUGUUGUUGUUUCCCCACCAGCAUCCAAUAUUCCUGUACGAGCCACUUCUAGGAAGCCGUCUGGUUUAAUAGGCCGAUUUAGCCAGCUUUUAUAUCUAGAUACUGAAGAACCUGUACCUCAGCCAAGUGAAGAACAUGUUGCUGCUCAUCAGCGCACUGUCCAAACAGUACAAAGUUGUCACAUUGAUAACAUCUUUGCUGAGAGUAAAUUUCUGCAAGCCGAUUCCUUACUGCAACUUGUUCGGAUGCUCGUUUCAGCUGCAGAACAGCCUCGCAAAGGAAAUCACCGUUUGGAAGAUGAAGAGACUGCAAUAUUUUGUUUGGAGUUGCUGGUUGCAAUUUCUCUAAAUAAUAGAGAUAGGAUUAUGCUUCUGUGGCAAGAUGUUUAUGAGUACAUUGUCAGUAUUGUCCAGUCAACUGUAAUGCCUUGUGCUCUGGUUGAGAAGGCUGUUUUUGGGUUGCUUCGCAUAUGCCAGCGGUUACUUCCUUACAAGGAGAACCUAACUGAUGAGCUUCUAAACUCUCUGCAACUGGUACUGAAACUGGAUGCUCGGGUUGCUGAUGCAUAUCUUGAACAGAUAAUACAGGAAGUUAUGCACCUUGUGAAAGCAAAUGCAAUACAGAUACGAUCUAACAUGGGCUGGCGGAUAAUCAUUUCACUGCUUUCAAUUACAGCUAGGCAUCCAGAGGCAUCAGAGGCCGGGUUUGAGACACUGUCUUUUAUCAUGGCUGACGGGGCCCACCUCUUACCUGCAAAUUAUGUCCUUUGCAUUAAUGCAGCCAGGCAGUUUGCAGAGUCCCGAGUGGCAAAUGAUGACCGGUCAGUAAAAUCAUUGGAUCUGAUGGCAAGUUCAGUUAAUUGUCUUUUGAGAUGGUCUCAGAAGACAAAGGAAGGUCUUGUGGAGGAGGCUGCUACAAAAUUGGCUCAGGAUAUAUGGGAGAUGUGGCUGAGACUGGUACAGGGGCUAAGGAAAGUAUGUUUGGACCCAAGAGAUGAAGUAAGGAAUCAUGCUAUUUUGAUGUUGCAAAGGUGCUUAACGGGAGUUGAUAGUAUCCAUAUACCAAAUGACUUGUGGUUGCAAUGCUUUGAUCAAGUGAUCUUCACAUUGCUGGAUGAUUUACUUGAAACUGCACAGCAGAACUCUGUGAAGGAAUAUAGAAAAAUUGAAGGGGCAAUUGUUUUGUCCCUGAAGCUCAUGUCAAAAGUGUUUUUGCAGUGUCUCCAGGAUCUCUCACAGGCUACAGCUUUCUGCAAACUUUGGUUAGGGGUUCUUGGUCGCACUGAGAGAUGCAUAAAGAUGAACUUCAGAGGGAAGCGGAGUGACAAAAUCCAUGAACUUGUUCCAGAGCUUCUUAAAAACACGUUGCUUGUCAUGAAGACAAGUGGAAUUCUUUCGCCAAGUGAUUCUGCUGGGGGGGACAGUUUCUGGCAACUAACUUGGUUGCAUGUGAAGAAUAUAGUGCCAUCUCUUCAAUCAGAAAUUUAUUCCACCAAUGAAUUGGAGGAGUUUCAAACGAAGAAUGCCCAGCCAGGAUGUAGUAGUCCCUUACCAGGCAGCAAUGUUCUAGUUGCAUCAAGCGAGACAACAGCUUAAAGCCGUGAUGGGUAAACAAUCAAUCCGAUUUGAAAUUCCAAGUGGCGGAAGGAAGUUGGAGUGCAUUUUCUGCUAGCUCCAUCCACUAGGGGAAUCACGACUUGUGUUGCCGGGCAGGUAAAAAAAAAAGUUACUGUUGUAUCAUUGAAGGGUUUAUGAAGCUAAGUACAAGAUGGUACUUCUGGUCUGUGACUGAACGAGUGUAGGAGGCGAUUGCCUUGUAAAUUUUGUUGCUGCUCUAGACUUUGUUAUAGUCAAAUUGAAAAGAUAUUUGUUAUUUUAUGUACUAUACUAAUACUAUACUAUAAUGCUACAAAUAGGCCCUUCUGGCAAGCAUAUACUUUGGUGAUAUUGCUUAAUUGAGAUUGUAGAGGAAAUGUUAAUUCUAUUCUAUUUCGGUGUAGAACUGUAACUCCUUAAA